ACCAUGAAUUGCGUGUGCUACUGAGAGCUAAAAAUUGAGUCUAAGGCGACUUUGUGGCUGAGUGGACACUGAAUUAGUGGAGUCCUGUAACGGCGAAGGGUGCAGAUAGCGUUUGUUAGAGAGGACGACGGCAAACGAGCACCGAAGAUUUUCAGCGAUUGUGAAUUAGCACGAGAAAAUCUGUGCGAUUUUCUCUUCGCUUGUUGAGACGAAGGUUUGAAAAGGUGCUACGGCAUUCGUGGCCCGGCGGGAGGUUUAGUUCCUUCCCGUUUCUGUUGCUAGUGGUGGUGUUCCAAUAGGAACAGAUUGUGGUUGUUAGCUGUUUGCUGCGUAGUUCCGUUGGUGUCACAAGUUAGGCCUACGACCACGUACCAACAUGCCGAAAGCUCCAGCAAUUGGUAUUGAUUUGGGUACGACCUAUUCAUGUGUAGGAGUAUUUCGACAUGGUAAAGUGGAAAUAAUUGCUAAUGAUCAGGGUAAUCGUACAACGCCUUCAUAUGUUGCGUUCACUGAUACCGAACGUCUAAUUGGCGAUGCUGCCAAAAACCAGGUGGCCAUGAACCCGACCAACACGGUAUUCGAUGCGAAGCGUUUGAUCGGACGUCGCUUCGAUGAUCAGGCCGUUCAGAGCGACAUGAAACAUUGGUCAUUCCAAGUCGUGAAUGAGAAUGGCCGACCAAAAAUCCGAGUGGAGUUUAAAGGUGAGACGAAGGCGUUCUUUCCUGAGGAGAUCUCUUCGAUGGUGCUUGUAAAAAUGAAAGAAACUGCUGAGGCCUACUUGGGCGGAACCGUGCGGGAUGCAGUGAUCACGGUGCCGGCCUACUUUAAUGACUCUCAGCGGCAGGCUACCAAGGACGCUGGUGUCAUCGCUGGCCUGAACGUUUUGCGAAUCAUCAAUGAGCCUACGGCCGCUGCCAUUGCCUACGGCCUAGACAAAAAGGGUUCAGGUGCUAAAGGAGAGCGAAAUGUGCUGAUUUUUGAUUUGGGCGGUGGUACUUUUGAUGUGUCAAUCUUGUCAAUUGACGACGGAGUGUUUGAAGUCAAGUCCACCGCUGGGGACACCCAUCUUGGCGGUGAGGACUUCGACAAUCGGAUGGUCAAUCACUUUGUCGAGGAGUUUAAACGAAAACACAAGAAGGACUUGUCAUCAAACAAACGCGCAUUGCGCCGGCUUCGUACAGCGUGCGAGCGCGCGAAGAGGACGCUAUCCUCUUCGACGCAGGCGUCGAUUGAGAUCGACUCAUUAUUUGAGGGUAUCGACUUCUACUCAUCGAUUACUAGAGCCCGCUUCGAGGAGCUGUGUUCGGAUCUGUUCCGUUCAACGCUGGAGCCCGUGGAGAAGGCUCUCCGAGACGCAAAAAUGGACAAAGCGACGGUAAAUGACAUCGUUCUUGUUGGCGGCUCAACCCGAAUUCCUCGAAUUCAGAAACUGCUUCAGGAUUUUUUCAACGGCAAAGAGUUAAAUAAGUCCAUCAAUCCUGACGAGGCUGUUGCCUACGGAGCAGCGGUGCAGGCCGCCAUUUUGACUGGUGAUACUUCACAAGCCGUUCAGGACCUCCUGUUGCUGGAUGUUGCUCCACUUUCUCUCGGCUUGGAGACAGCUGGCGGAGUCAUGACGGCAUUGAUUAAACGAAAUACCACCAUCCCGACGCGGCAGACCCAGACGUUCACCACAUAUUCGGACAAUCAGCCCGCCGUCACCAUCCAGGUCUACGAGGGUGAACGUGCAAUGACAAAAGACAAUAAUCUGCUCGGAAAGUUUGACUUAAGCGGUAUCCCACCCGCUCCUCGUGGAGUCCCUCAGAUCGAAGUAACCUUUGACAUUGAUGCGAACGGUAUUCUUAACGUCUCGGCCGUGGACAAGUCUACCGGCAAACAAAACAAAAUUACCAUAACAAAUGACAAGGGCCGACUAUCCAAAGAGGAUAUCGAGCGCAUGGUACAGGAUGCUGAAAAAUAUAAGGAUGAGGAUGACAAACAAAAAGGUCGUAUUGCAGCGAAAAACGCUCUUGAAAGUUACUGCUUCGGUAUCAAAUCCGCCCUCGAAGGUCCGGGAUCGGAGAAACUACCCGAUUCUGACAAGAAGCUCAUUCUCGACAAGAUCAACGACACUAUUAACUGGCUUGACGCUAAUCAGCUGGCUGAGGCGGAAGAAUAUGAUGAUCGUCGCAAGGAAUUGGAACAGGCCGCAAAGCCUAUUAUGAUGAAGAUGCACGGUGCCGCUCCUGGUGCCGGAGCGGCCGGUGGAGGUACUGCUGGUCAAGGACCCACAGUCGAAGAAGUAGACUAAACAGAAGAUAUGUCUAUGCUGUUUAUAAAGCAAGACCUUUCGAUCCUUCACCUGCCGAGCCUUUAAUUAAUACGCAUAUAUGGCGGCAGACGGCUUUUUCGGUGUACUAUGUACAUAAUGGCCCUGACACGGCGAGAUCCAACCCGUUGGCUACUAAGCUCUCGAUGUUCCAUUCCUACUUAAUACUAUAUACAUAAUAACAAAAGAUAAACGAAAGCUUUUUAUUUAUCAUAUUACGUUGUUUCUGGUUAAUGGCAUUACAUGGCGCUUGCUUUGUCCCUCGAGAAAACAGAGGUUACAACUCAUUAUCGGUGUCCUGAGGAUAAUUAACUAAUAAGUACAACACUGAUAAAAGCAAAAUUAAUUCAUAUUAGAGACAAAAAGAAAAUAAGCCGAAUAAUAAGCUUACGCGCUAAAUAGUAACGACUGCGAUAACGAUCAUUGAUUGUGAAGUGAAUUAAUUUAUUUAAACACUGUUUGUUUCUUCAACAAAACCAAAAUACAUACUGCUGUGUGUUUUAUUGGCCUAAUAUUAUAAAAGGGUCAAACAAACAACAAUUAAGAGACAGCAAAUGUUAUUGAGUUUAGACAAAGCAAAAGGUAUAUAUAAUAGAAGAUAAAGGGCAGAAAUAAAAUCAAACGCAUAUCGCGAAAUGAUAAUGGAGAAUGGAA